UAUCCAAACAGGGCGAGAGGCAGUUGGCCCUGGCUUCCUGCUUCACCACAGCCACUCUGUUGUGUUGCUGGGGCAAACUUCACUCUGGUUAUGGCAUUAACAUUUGCUAAAUACUCCUCCAACCUCUUUUCAAGAUCCUCUCUUCUUUUCCUCCACAAUAAUGGAUUAAGGAGCUUUGCUCUUACAACCCCUUUGUUAUUUUCUUCUUCUUUUUCUACUUCCUCUCCCGCUCUUUCUGCACACAAAUUGGGUCGUCCGAAGUGGAGGCCACCAGUGGCCUCAGUUCUUGAAGUUGCUGGCGUCAAAGUUGCCAAAGAAGAAAUCGUGAGAGAUGACCCAACAAAUAAUGUUCCAGAUACCAUAUUCUCUAAGCUUGGAAUGCAACUCCACAGAAGGGAUCAGCAUCCAAUUGGCAUCGUUAAGAAUGCGAUCUAUGACUAUUUUGAUACCAACUACCCUAACAAAUUCGACAAGUUUGAUGAUCUCUUCCCAAUAGUUUCUGUUAAACAGAACUUUGAUGAUGUCUUGGUUCCUGCUGACCAUGUCAGCAGAAGUUAUAAUGAUACAUACUAUGUGGAUUCUCAAACUGUGUUGAGAUGCCAUACAAGUGCACAUCAAGCUGAGCUAUUGAGUAAGGGGCACUCCAAUUUUCUUGUUACUGGAGAUGUCUAUCGCAGAGACUCAAUCGAUUCAACUCACUACCCCGUAUUCCAUCAGAUGGAAGGGGUUCGGGUUUUUAGCCCUCAUGAUUGGGAGGGAUCUGGGACAGAUGGUACCUCGUAUGCUGCUGGAGAUCUCAAAAAAUGCCUUGAGGGACUGGCGCGUCACUUGUUUGGUGCUGUUGAAAUGCGCUGGGUUGACACGUAUUUCCCCUUCACAGAUCCAUCUUUUGAGCUGGAAAUAUAUUUUCAGGAAAAUUGGUUGGAGGUUUUGGGCUGCGGUGUAACGGAGCAGGAAAUAUUGAAGCAAACUGGUAGAACAAAAAAUGUUGCUUGGGCUUUUGGUCUUGGAUUGGAGCGAUUAGCAAUGGUGCUCUUUGAUAUUCCAGACAUUCGACUUUUCUGGUCUGAUGAUGAGCGUUUCACUUCUCAAUUUUCCAAAGGACAGCUAGGGGUGAAGUUUAAGCCAUUUUCAAAGUAUCCUCCUUGCUACAAAGACAUUAGUUUCUGGAUUAGUGAUUCAUUCACUGAAAAUAAUCUCUGCGAACUUGUAAGAGGAAUAGCUGGCGAUCUUGUGGAGGAGGUGAAACUUAUAGACAACUUCGCCAACAAGAAAGGAAUGACCAGUCACUGCUAUAGGAUUGUAUAUCGCUCUAUGGAGCGGUCACUCACAGAUGAUGAAAUAAAUGAUUUGCAGUGGAAAGUUAGAGAUCAGGUUGAAAGCAAGCUGAACGUUGUUAUUAGAUGAACAUUUUUGCAGAAUGGUGAAUGAGAUCUGCCAGGUUUAGCUUUUAGAUUAUCCUCUCUUUUUCUGGUCUUUCUUCAAAUUCCGAGGGAUUGUCCAAGGAUACAUCAGUUACCUAGACUGCUAUACAUGGUGAUACACAAUUAUGUGGAUGGAAAGUUUAGCAAGUUGAGAAUGACUAAUUUGUUACAGGGCAUGUUGAUAACUUUAUCAGUUUGACGAAGUUUCCUAAUGUUUUGAAUGAACGGAAGAGAACAAAAGGUGAUAACCUGUAGAACCUCUGUUUAUAUUGCCAAUGUGCAUACCUCCUCUGUCAUGAAUGAUACAAUCUGGAUUGGAUGUAAUAUAUGUUGGUUCUCUUUGAUUCAAAAUUUUAUGAACAUAAACUAAGUGUAAGCAUACACGCAAAGUUGAUGUAAUUACUUCUAAAAAUUUCAGUCAAUUUACAAUGUCAGAGCCUCUUUGGCAGUUUUAG